CAUAGAGAGAAUCUAUCAAUCAUUCAAGAGAAAGUUGAGGAAAUCUACUAAUUAUCAAUUUUACCGUAGGAAGUCUUCGAGAUACAAGUACAGAUCCACUGUUUCGUAGCACUCACUCAGCAAUGGCGGCCGUGGCUUCAAUGAUGAUGAAAGCGCCCACAGCCCUUAACUGCGGGGCAGUACAAAGGAAUAGUGUGUAUAAUAUCAGUAGAUUGCCUCACAGUGGCCUCAAAGUCAAGUGCAUGGCUAAGGAUCCACAGGAAACGUCUCCUACUGAAGGCGUUUCAUCUUCAAGCUCUACAAAGAUGAGCACGAGGUUUGGAGACCUGUUUGCGUUCUCAGGGCCAGCGCCGGAGAUAAUCAAUGGAAGGGCGGCCAUGUUGGGGUUCGUCUCGGCCAUUGCAGUGGAGGUGGCCAGUGGAAGAGAUUUGUUGUCACAGGUGAAUAGUGGAGGACUGUCGUGGUUUGUGUUAACUGCAGGAUUAAUGACGGUAGGCACACUAGUGCCCCUGUUCAAUGGAAUAUCGAGGGAGAGCAAGUCGCAGCAAAUAUUUUCAUCCACAGCAGAAAUGUGGAAUGGGCGCUUUGCUAUGCUUGGACUCCUGGCAUUGGCCUUCACCGAAUACGUCAAGGGCGGACCACUUGUAUAAACACCAUCAUAGUUCUUCCUGUUUAAAAAUAGGCUUCAAUGUUGAAAGCUCUUAAAUGGCAUUCCAAUCUAGUGGAGUUUUCUUGUACUGUUUGGCAUGUCACAAAGUUCUAUUACUCACAAACUUGUAAACAUUUCAAUCUUACAUUAUAAAAGAAAAUUAGUUCGAAA